UAGCCUGACUCGCGCACAAGCUCGGGUAUUUUCCCCACUCAGAGAGAGAUCUCAUCUCACGCAGCGCUCAGGUACCAGCAUCAGCAUCAGUGGUGGACGCGCAGCCCUGAAUGAUCCCGCGCACCGUAAAUAGAUCUUGCCGACUACAUAUUUGAGUGUCAUUGCACAGAAAAUACAGGCACAGGUUUUCCACAACUGUGGGACGGGGGAAUGAUAAACCCCGGAUCCCCUGGGCCGUUGUACUGUUCGUAAGGAUGCGAUCACUGAGCCGACCGUGGGCCUCGCUACUCACCGAGGCUUUCCUCAUCACAACAGUCGCCGUCAGCUCUGCAAUGGCAGUUUUGGGACAUUGUCCUCGAAGUCUGGACUGUGCCCGGGAGCGACGGCAUUUCUGCCAGCCUGGCUCUUCACACUGCGGCCCAUGCCUAGACCCAUUCGUGGAGAACAAACGAGGGAAGUGUGUGGUCAGGAGAAGAAAUCACUCGGCCAAGGUCAGCCUUCUCCCAGAGCUGGAUGAAGAGAUAGACAUUCUCUCCUCCAUCAUCAGCAAACACAGAGAAUCAGAGAUGAAGCACUCGGCCCCCUCUCCGGCUGCUCCCAAAGUCCCUGAAGAUCAUUCCUGGCCGAGCAGUCAGCACAGAGCAGAAGCAUCUCCUACCACUGCUACAUCAGAACAGCCUCUGACAAGUGCCCUGACCACUGCCUCCUCUACCACCAGCCCAGCCUCACACACUCCAUUUAUCUCUGCAGUGCACAGCGCUCCCUUUAUCAUCCCGUAUCCCUCUGAGGACCACUCCUUCAUCAUAUUUUUGGGUGUGUUUCUCAUGGUGGGCUCAGUGGCCAUGGUCUUGACUGGAGUGUGUUGGGUCAGGAUGCAGAGAGGCAAUCGUCUCGCCCAGAAGGUCGAUUAUCCUGCUUUUGGGUUGAUAGGUCCAAAUUCCUAUGAUGGUGGAAUGACUGGAGAUAAAACACUUGCCCAGAGUGCCCAGAUGUACCACUUUCAGCUUCAGAAGCAGCAAAUGAUGUCACUCAAACAACGGAGUGAUUCCAAGAUUCCUGAGUCAGGAGCCACUUCGGAUGAGGAAAAUGAAGACGGAGACUUCACUGUGUAUGAGUGCCCUGGACUUGCCCCAACUGGGGAAAUGGAAGUGAAAAAUCCACUGUUCGAUGACUCCACCUUUCAUCUUCACCUGCAGAGGAGUUACAACUAACGCGAGAACUCAGAGGACACAUCACUUCACGCACAAACACGCAUGAAUUCACAAUGGUGUGCUUUCCUCAUCUGAUCCAUUCAAGCAAGGUCACGAAGGUCAAUUGCUCUUGCAUCGUGGUUCGUAUGGACAUUUGAGGGCAGUUUUUUUGUGCUGUUAAAUGCAAGAUGGCAGCCUCUAUCCAUGAGCUGAAAUAGAAUGCAUUGCAACACUGUCAGAAAUAAUUUGCUUUGUUAACUUGAUUCACACAUACACAAGCAUACUUUCUAAAGACCAGCCCCUUCGGACCAGGAUGCUGCACUGUAGUACCUUUCAGUUAAUGGCAGAUGUGUAAAACAUUGCAUGGGAUUUCUGACUAAGAGUUGCACCCAUCCUAUAUAAUCAUGCACAGUUCGUGUCUCUUUCCUUAAGUCUUCUGGACCUGUUUAAUAGUAACACACAUAAGGGACUGGGCAUCCUCUGUGCUCUCAAAAAGCUUGAACAUGAUCUGUUCUUGAUACCAGCUCAAGACUCAUUUAAUAUCAGGUCAUUGCUGAGUUCUGUUAUGACGUCUUCUGUAGUAUAUUGUGAAUACUGUGGAAUGGAAAAGAAACUUGUUUAUAGAAUUACUUAUUUGAACAUAUCUUGCCUGCAAACACUAGUCAUAUUUAGAAUGGACGUGGAAGAUGACGCCCCUUGAGGAGCAACGUAAAUUAUACGAUUAGCAUAUUUUAUGUUUUCUUCUACCAAAUUCGUCUGUGACUGUAUUUUUAAAAUACCAAUGGUGAUUUUACUAUUUUUUUAUAAUUGUGCACACAAAAUUAACCCUAAAUGAUAUUAUGUAGCCUCUGUAUAAUCAGAAUGGUCCUACUAUGCAUGAUUUGAAGCUGUGUAAUAAUGAACAAAAUCAGUGUGCAUUUCUGGUUCAUUUAUGGGACACUUUUUUUUUUUUCUUUCUUGUCAAACCCAGCCAAAAAAUACCUGAUUUGCAACGUAACACACUGUACAUAGUUGCUAUGGUGUACAGGCCAGGAUUUUCUGAUCUAUGUGCGGUAACCUCUGCACUAAAUCACUAACAGUGACGUGAUAUAGUUUGAUUCUAGAGCGCGUCGCUCGCUGCUGUUUCUCAGGAAACCUGCCAACAGUAGCCAGUUUCUGUGCAGAAUUUUCAGUAAUUCCUUCAGUGGAUCCCUUCAGGUUCCUUUAGAUCUUGUACCUUUGAAUCUUCUAGUCAAAACUGUGGCAGUGUCGUCAGUCUAUCGAUGUUGCAUUGAAGCAAAGCGAAGCCCUAAAAAAUGUCAACUGUCUGUUCUGUUAGACAGUCAUUGUGGGGAUGCUAACUCUGAUAUGACCUUCAAUUUUCAAAACAAACAAUGGUCUUUAGUUGAACCCACUGAAACUUUUUCAGCUACUGAGAUGCCUGACAUGCAUGUAAAGAUGGAAUAUAUAAAGAGGAAAUAAAUAUUUAUAUCAGCUCAAAUAAUAAA